UCAUGUGGGCAGCAACAUGUCAAAAAUUUUGAAACUUAAAUUCUAAAUUGCACGACUCAACAAUGAUGGCCCAACAGCACGAAAAGAAAGUUCUCCAGUACAAAGAACGUUUUAAGAAAGAGGCCGAGGAACUCCUCUUGACCGGCUUCCCCUCAACAAUUCUCAAACUGAACGCUUUGAUUUCGACUCCGAAAUUCAAAAAACGCGAUUUUAGUGAUUUACAUCAAAAUAUGGCCAUAAUCUCAAACCAAGACUCCGAACCGGUUACGGAUAAUGGUGAUACUUCAACACCUCCAGUUAAAAAAGCCAGACUUGAUAAUUCUUCGCUAAUUAAAAGUCAUUUCUUCCAAACAAACAAAUGUUUAAUCGACUUGAUCGAAAAUGUUAAGCCUCACAUGAUCAAGCUAGUCGAAGAUGCGAAAAUUAUGAAAAUGUGGAUUUCUUACAUGAUUCCGAAAAUGGAAGAUGGGAAUAAUUUUGGCGUGGAGAUACAAGAAGAGACGCUUGCGUUGGUGCAAGCGGUGGAGAGUUCAGCGGCGGUUUUCUACGAAAGGAUUUCGAAAUAUUUUACCACAAGAGGCAAAGUGAUUAAAAACUUUUUGAAAUACCCGGAGAUUGAGGAUUUUAAAAGAGCGGUCCAGGAGUUGGACGAGAGGGAAUAUCUCUCCUUUUGUUUGGUGAUGUCUGAAAUUAGAAACCAAUAUUGUGCUUUACAUGAUGUUUUUUUGAAAAAUCUGGACAAACUCAAGAAGCCACGCUCGAACCAACUACCAGAAUCAUUGUACUGAAAUAAAUAAAAUAAAACUCAUUAAAAAUA